UUGCGUAACUGUUCCAAUUCCUUUCUGGUUCCACCAAUCAGAAUGUUGGGAACACAGUACACCACCAUAGUACCCCCGUGUUCUGACUCAAAAACAUGCAAGAGGGAGUGUAUAACCAGCAACAUAUUCAAUUACACUUAUGUUAAUUAUUUGGAAUUCAACAGUGCAAAGAACUCCAAUUCAGGGGAAAGUUUGUUACAGCAGCCUAUACGUGAUCCAAAGGCUGACAGCUAUAUUGGCGCAAGUUACGAUAUAGCAGUAGUAUGUGCAAGUAUCAUUGGCGAAGAUAACAAUGAACCCAAUUUCUUGGUGCAUUUUUUACCCGCUGCAGAUACCGGGGGAUAUGUGUAUAAAAUUGUGAAAACAAAAGACUUUGAAAGAGAAAUACUGCACUUCGUGGCUACGGACGGUAACACAGUAGUUCAUUUCUCCGGAAAUAACACAAAUGUUUCCACGAGUCUGUAUUUCAUACUCCAACACGCGGGCGAUUCUACUGAAAUAGACAUAACCUCAGACAAUAAGGACCCUGUUUCUUUUUUAAGCAAUAAACCUAUUCACGUGAUUGCACAUGUUAAGCAAAAUAAUGUGGCAGGACAAACAGCAGAAAUACCUUUUAAUAGCGAUGGAUAUAAUUUUGUGCAUGUGCCACCAUUGUUCAGCUUGAAUCAUGCAGAUGGAAGGAGUAUUACUGAAGUCCUGGCUGACGAUACAUACAUCCACACUUCAAACUCUGGCUGGCCUCAUCUCACAAACCUCACAUCACGACGCAGACCUAUUAUAAAUCGGAACCAGAUCCCUGGAGACGGUAUAGAUAAUGAUAAAGAUGGUCUCAUUGAUGAGGAAUAUUGUGGCUUUCUGAUUGAAGAUAUUCCAACAGAUGAAAGUACCAUGCACGACGUUGACUUGGAUGGGUCUUAUAACGAGGACUGUAAAGGGUGCAAGGGCGGAUAUGAAUUGAGACCAUAUUUAUUGUGCAUGAUGUGUGGUUUCGGGACUUACAGAGAGAACCAUUCCCACAUAGACAAAUGCCAAACCUGUCCGGAUAACUUUACAACAUUUGCAAACGGAUCAUUUUCCUUGGAUCAAUGCGUUCCUGCCUGCGGAGAAGGAAUGCAUCUUGACAACGACACGAUGGAGUGCGUACCAUGUCCGGUGGGAUACUAUAAAAACGUGCAAGCGAGUGACACCAGCCUUGCAGUCAUCGACAGGUUCUGGUGUAAACAUUGUCCGGAUAACAAAACAACAGUUGAUGUAGGAACGGUAGCACCAGAAAAAUGUAUCGAACAUUGUGUAGAGGGAAAGGCGUUAACCAGUUCCGGAACUUGUGAAGCCUGUGACAUUGGGUUCUACAAAAAUAUUUCUAGUGCCGAUAAUUUGGCCCCCAUUGAGAAACGUUGGAACUGUUCGGAAUGUGACAACAAUAAAACCACAUUUUACAAAGGAACAGUGCAAGCAGCAGAAUGUAUCAGUAAUUGUGUUGAGGGAAUGUUUUGGAAUGGUAACCAGUGUUUGGCGUGUCCUGUUGGAUUUUACAAGAACGCGUCCAGUGAGUCCCCCCACAUUCCCUAUUAUUUUAGAUGGAAUUGUACGACAUGUCCCGCUGGAACCACGACAUUCAGCACAGGCAGCACGCAUUGCAUAGACCACUGCAAAACUGGUUAUCAUUUGGAUAAUGGAACUUGCAUUCCCUGUGAUAUUGGCUUCUAUAAGAAUACGUCAAGUGAAGAUGAAUCACUCGAAGAGACACUGAGAUGGAACUGUAGGCAGUGCCCUCAGGGACAGACAACUAACUCCUCAGGAGCAGAAUUCUGCAUCCAACAUUGUCCAGUUGGUGAAGAAUUCAAUGUAACAACUAGAAGAUGCGUACCGUGUGCGCUUGGGUUUUACAAACCCCUUAGUGGUAGUCACGUGGGUUGUGACCAAUGUCCUGUAAACCACACAACCAGACAUGUGGGAGCUGUUAAUCGUCACGACUGCAAGCUCGCUGACUGUAAAUGUCCAUGUAACAGAGUUCACGUGAUAAAAAACUACACUAGUGAGGAAUUGGCGACAGUCAUCGAUGACAUGAAAAAAGAGUUGACUGUUAAAAAGGAAUCUCUUUCGGCCAGCAUCCGGAAAAAGAUCAGCGUGAUGGACAACCGCCCUUCCGCUAAAUCGUUAGGGUCGUUUGGGAUCGCCAUUUUCGUGUUUGUUUUUGCUCUUUUGAUCGCAUUUGAUUUUUUUACUCUUAAAGAGCAUAUGCUUAUGUUUUUCAGGAAUCUGAAAAAUAUUUUUUGAGAUUGAUUGUAUUAUGGGCAAGCGUUUUAAAUUUCGUAAAGGGAAGAACAUACUGAAGCAGGUUUAGUUUCAUUUGUGUUAAUAUGAAUUUAGUAUGAUUUUGUUAAAACUAUAAAAUCAGAUCAUGCUAAUAUAUACAAAUUGAUGUACCUGCAUAUAAAACAACCCGUUUCGUUGAAUAAUUGUGUGACUUUAUGCUGUUUGAAAUCUCCAUUAAAGAAUAAAGUGAAAUGGUUAUAUGCUAAAGUCCCCCAAAAUAUUUAUAAAAAUAGAUUUUCUUCUUUCUUGUUAAAUUUUACUUGAUUCAACUCCUCAACAUUUGUACUUUUAUGAUUUAAAGAUACACGGCGCAUAAAUUCGCCAUAACUUAGUUUAAGCUUGGGACUUCCUCGUUAGCUGAAAUUCCCAUAGGAAUUUGGCCCCACCCAUACUUUUAUGGAUCUGGAAAUAUAUGGGCGAUGGUAGGUACACUUAAAUAAUUUAGGCUAUGUUUGUAUAUUAUCAAAAACUUUAUUUCGUAGGCGGUAAUUGCAUUCCAUCUCGACGAUAUUUAAAGAGGAAGAUUUGCAAAAAUUGUACUAGAACCGUUCCAUUAUGGAAACCUGUUUAAACUUCAUGAUAUACCUGGAAUACCUCGCUCUAUAAAACAAAUCCACUAUAUCACGUGGUUAGGAUGCAUCACACCUUCUACGCCAUGUACUUUAAACAGUGUGUUCGAUAUAUGGUACCUGUAACUUAUUUACCAGUACACUAAAUUGUUAUAUACCCAUAGUUAUCAUUAUCAGAAACAAGUUUAGCGUUUCUGAAUCUAAUUUUCUAAACAAAUAAUUCUAUAUUUCCAGGUGGUUGGUUGUUAUUAUUUUUUUACAUUACAAUGUAUAUGCAGAAUGGAAUGGACUAGAAUGGUUUUACUUUAUAUAUAUCACAAUUUUACACAUUACAUCUAGAUCUUUUGGUUCAUUAAUAUAAUGACUUAUACAUAUAUUUUACAGCAAGUUGUUUUAAAAUAAUCAAAAUCAAUGUAUUUUCAUGAAUAAUUAUAUGAUCCCAGACGGCAAAUUCUAUCCUGAAAUAAAGAAACUAAACCUGCCCGAAGUCUCAAUCUCAAGCCCGGGAAUAGGAGAGGGGGGUGGCUUUAUCUUUUGUGAGCACUUUUGACAAAUAUUUAGUACAUGUACAUAUCAUAAUAUGAUAUAGGAUUUGAUCUAAACGUAUGUAGACGGUUAACAGUUCUACAUAUCAUUUCCGUAUUUAGUUGAAAUAAUUAUUUGAAUAGCAAUAAGAUUUGAAUACCGAUUUCUAAUUAUAUUUCUAAGCGGCGGUUUCUAAAUCCGAAUGUUUUUGAUGAUUUAAAAUUUUAAAGGUGUUUAGAUAUUAGCAGUAUCACAACGAAUAAAUAUCAUGCAUUAAAAAAAAAAUUCGAUCACGUAUGCGGCAUAUGUAUUCAGUGAAAAUCAUGCAUAGCUUCUAUUUAAUAAAAAAAAAAAUAUUAUGAUUCCAGCACAAUUUACAAUGAUGAAUACUGUCACGUGAUUUGUAAAUGAAUUAAGAUUUUUUUUAUCCGCCAUCGAUCUUUUGAUCUUGGGGAUCCGCGUUAGAAUAGGUACUCAGUACCCCUUGCUUGUCGUAAGAGGCGACUAAAUGGGGCGGUCCUUCGGAUGAGACCGCAAAAACCGAGGUCCCGUGUCACAGCAGGUGUGCUCAAAGGCCGUAAGCGCCGAGCAUAGGCCUAAAUUUUGCAGCCCUUCACCGGCAAUAGUGAGGUCUCCAUAUGACUGAAAUAUUCUCGAGAGGGACGUUAAACAAUAUACCGUCAAUCAAUCAAUCUUUUGAUCUCGCCCCUACGACCCGCCCACUUUGUUUAUCAUUAUUCAUGAAGGAGUACUUUGACGAAACUGAUUUUUAUAGGGUUUAAAAUUCAGUUGAUAUUUCGACAUUCCUCAUGACAAAGGGAAGUAUUAAACCUAUUCAGAAAUCAUCGUCUGUGGCAUCUAAAAUUUUAACUUCUGUACAGUAAAAUUGCUGUUAUUGACCACGGAAAAGGGGGCCGACUCCAAUAGCUAUUUUACCUCAUCCUUUGACUGCACAUGCUUUAAAUUGUUUUCUGAAUCCCCAAAGCUAACAGUUGUUGAAAAAUAAAAGUUCCGGUUUUUUUCUCUUUCUCUCUGAUACAUUAAGAUCCCUAACUUAGUUACGGUAUUAAAAAAAAGAUGGCGGCGUCUGAAAAUAGUAAGUUGUUUUAUCCUCCAUUUCGUUAGAUUUACACAAUUGUUCAAAAGUUUGACCAGUCUUUAAGUUCUCAUGUAAUAUUCAUGAAUUAAGUGAGGAAUUUCCUGUUUUACAGAGUGUUAGUGUGGGCAUUGAAGAUGUGCAUUCGACAAGGAUUGCGAUUUUGUUCUUCAAUUUUUGAGAAUUUUUUUUAACUUGGUCAAUUUUGAAAACAUAUUACUUGAUUUGUCAGUCUAACCCCUCCCACAUUUUUGAAGUGAGUGUAUACUUAUUUUACACAGUGUUUAUAUGGGUAUCAAAGAUGGAAUGCUGGACAACUCGCCCCCAAGACAACUCGCCCUCAAGACAACUCGCCCUCUCAACGGGACAACUCGCCCUCUCUCAGGACAAGUCGCCCCUUCUCCUGAGACAACUCGCCCCCAAUAUUAUAUAUAAAUAUAUAUUAUCAUAUUUUAUUUUGAUUUUGUGUGUGUGUGGUGUUUUUGUUGUUGUUGUAUUUUUUUUUUAACACAGAUACGUCUUUUUAUUUCAUACUUUAACACGAAUGGUAAAUUCUAAUAGAAUUACACACAGAUUUGAUUAUUGCAUUCAGAAAAAAGUUAUAUUUUUCAUAAAUCAAUUGGCAAGGAAAAUUAUAUUUACUGAUCUUCAGGUAAUUGAUGAAAUGUCUCCAAUACUGAGAAAAUUUUGGGGUUUUUAGGGGUGUGUGAGUGUUUUUUUUUUUUUUUUAAUCGAUAUAGUAUACAUAAGUGUAAAGGUGAAACAUGAAUAUUCUGAUACAUGUAAUCAUCUUUUAAUGCGUUUCUCAAACUAAUUCCCGUUGAAAAAUAAUAAAAUUCCCAUUUUAGAAAUUUUAUAACGGUGUUGCUUUACUGAUUCUUUUUACGCGGGGUGAUUCUUUUUACGCGGCGAUUUCAAAGUGUAAAGAACUCUGAUGAUGAGUACCUCAUAGCGUUUGAAGUAAAUUUAUAACAGCUUGGGUGAAAUCAAACAAUUAGAUUUAACAACAGACGCAGAUUAUUGAUAAGUAUACUACGUCAGCUGUAGACCAAGCUAAUACUCUCCCUAUACCAAACGCUAACUUGUUUCCGCUGAAAUUAUAUAUUUUACAUGUACAUAAAAGUGAUGAUGAAUUUACUGAACCCAAACACUGGAUUUUCACUAAAAUCUUUCGUCUUGCAUAAAAAGACACGAAGUUCGGUGUUUAUGUGAACACGUCUUAUUGUCUGUGAUGUAUAUACUAUCUACAAGAAAUUCAUUGAUUUUUGCUAAAACACCUCUUGGACUUAGACCAAAUAUAAUAAUUGUAAACAUGUAUGAUAUGUAUGAUAUGAAGGAGCGAGAUAUCUCAAGAGAGGGGGCGAGUUGUCCCGAAGAGGGGGCGAGUUGUCUUAGGGGCGAGUUGUCCCAAUGAGGGGGCGAGUUGUCUUGGGGGCGAGUUGUCCUGAUACCUCAAAGAUGUGCAUGUGGCAUGCAUUUUGUUUUCAUCACUUUUUGAGAAAGUUAUAGGUUGCUGAACUUUCCAGGAAAUAUUUACAAAGUGAAUGCAUGAUUUUUUCCCCCCUCUCACUCUUUUCAAGCUAAGACCUUUGUAAACAACUUGGAGAUGUGCGUAUUGCAAGAUUUUUAUUCUCUAAACUUCGACGAUGUUUGCAAAAAUUAGAUUAUUGAACUUAGUCAAUUUUGGGAAAAUAUUUUCCACAUACAACUCUUGGUUUGUCUAUUCACCCCCGUAACAGUUUUUCUACUAGGACCUUGUAUUCAUACUCCUAGGCACCUGAUCCCAUCUAUGGUAUAUCCAGGGGUCCGUGUUUUUUCAACUCUCUAUUUUGUAUUCAUAAUGGACUUUUGCGAGAAGGGCUAACUUUUACAAUUUACGGCUGACUUUGACACAAGCUUAAUAUACGAAAACCUUUUUGUGACAUAUUUGUACAUACAUGAAUAAGCGAUGAACCGAGGCAAUCUACAGAAAUGUUAGUUGUCCAAAGAGUAUCGAGUUGUUCCGGUUCCUUUCCAUACUCGUACUAUUUCUCACAGGCAUUUGAGAAGCAGUAGAUAUUUGACGGUUGAUUAUAGCCGAUAAAUGGACUUUAUUUCCAGUUCACCAUGACGAUGCGAGAGGUAGGACCUUGACAUAGUUGCCUCUAAACGGUAGGGGUCUAAUUAUCAUAUUAAAUUGAACUUUUCGCCGAAAUUUUCGAGCGAUGCAGCUGGUAAAACAGAAAACCAAGAUGGCGGCGUGAUAUACCUUGUGAAUAUUAAUUAUGUUUACAGGAAGACAAUUUUUUAAAUCAUAGAUAUUUAAUUAAAACGUCGAGUGUCUGUGCUAUUUCUGUUACAGUAAAGUCUGUGACCUAAUAUCCCCAUAUAUUCCUCCUGCAGCCCCGCUCCCAUGGGGAUCCGGGUUAAAAUAGGUCCUCAGUACCCCUUGCUUGUCGUAGAAGGCGAUUAAAUAGGGCGGUCCUUUGGAUGAGACUGCAAAAACCGAGGCCUCAUGUCGCAGCAGGUGUGGCACGAGAAAUAUCCGUCCCUGCUCAAAGGCCAUAAGCGCCGAGCAUAGGUCUAAAUUUCGCAGGCCUUCACCGGCAAUGGUGACGUUUUCUCUCGAGGGACGUUAAACAAUAUUCAAUCAAUCAAUCAAUCCUGCACCCCCAGAGCCUUAAGGAUGGAACAGAAAUUGAUCAAUGUUAAAGCAUCUUCCCUACAACCUCACAUCUGUAAUAAAGAUCUAGGCCUCUACCGAAAUUGUAAAUUGAAAAUGAUCUCCGGGGUAAACGUACUGACUCCAGGACGGGGCCAAACUUGGUAUAUAUAAUGUUUAUGUGUAAACCAUUUUGAAUGUCUUUUAAAAUGUUAUUUUAAGGAUUGUCUCCCUCGUGCAUAGCUCUUAUCCUUGGACGAAUUUGGCUCCACUUUUUUGGCACGCUGUUUUUGGCUAUAUUUAUCUCUAAAACUUCAUAGUUAUUUCGGAUUUCAAACAUUUCGGUUGAGCAUCACUGAAGAGACAUUAUUUGUCGAAAUGCGCAUCUGAUGCAUCAAAAUUGGUAUCGUAUAAGUUUUACAUUGAUAGCAUAUAUCUUCUUUAAUGCUAUGCCAUGGGCCUCUUGCUAGUUAAAUAUUUUAGAUGAAAUAAUUCCAGAUCCAUCUCCGCUAAGUUCUGUUUUUAUAUGUCAGUAUUGAAAAAAUGCAUCGGGGACAGGGGCCAGACUGAUGACUUUCAUAACGUACUAGGAUUACUUUUCAAUAUUUACGUCCAUGCAAUAUUCGUGUUUAUUAUAAAUGAAGACCGAAUACGUACUUCAUAUUGGAUAGAAUGAAUAGAUAUAAAAAUCAAUCUGAUUGUUUGGCACCACUUCGGCAAAGGCAUCCGCCGCUCACGACGACAACCGCCGUCGCCCCGGGACGAAACCCCGUCCGUACAUGGACACAAAGUCCCAGAUAUACUCUAUCAGAAGCAGGCCUCCCACCAAACAUCAGCCACUACCCUGCCACGAUUUUGUAAUGUGCAGCGGUUUGAACACGCUCUCCUUUGCUUUUGCGUGAUCAAGAGAAAUCACCAAAAAAAAAAAAAGCUAGCUCAAGAUCGAGGCAGUAGAAGUUCCCUGUAUAAAUGCCAACAAGUCGAUAUUACAUAUAUUUAACGAUAUCGUGCUUCCAUACCAUACGCAGUUUUAAAUGUCCAAAUCAGCUGUUGAUUGUGAAAGUCAGUCCUUCUCGCAAAAAUCCAAUAGGAGGUGUGAGAUUGAUCAAUGAUAGUUCACCUUUCCUUCCAUAUGAUGCAUUAGAAAGUAUGUCAAAGCUUAGGAUAUGACUUAAUGACAGGUUGUAUUUGUAAAUUACAUCGUUAUAAUGACUGUAGAAAUUGUGAAAUGCUUACUUCAAUGAGACUGUUGGAAUCCAUGUAACAUCGACUUAAUAUGUCUCAUGAAAUAUAUUGUUUUUGUGCUUUCUGUCCGUCUGUCUGACUGUCACAAAAUCCUCCUAUAUUUUGUAUGAAGUCUGUCUCAAUUUAAAUACUGAUCAAACACAGAUUAAGCUCUUGCGUAUCAAAUCAGUUGAGAGACAUAAAUACCACAUGCAGGUGAAUAUUGCUACAUAAAUAUGGGAAGUUGACGAUGGAGAAGCUUAAAUCAUCCGGUUAGUCAUACAGAUGAGUUGUGUGUGUGUGUGUAAAUAAAUUAUUUUAAAUCCCAAUUUAAAUAAGUUUAUAAAUAUCAUAGAAAUUAUGAAGUAUUGCAUUAAUUACUUUCCAAAGCUAACUUAAACCCGUAAUAAAUAUUCAUACCUAGUAUGGGUUUCCAUAGAUUGUUCUUAAUUGUUUAUGGUUGAUUGAAAGUUCAGGUCAGGUGGUUCUCCUGGAGUUUUUACUAGUCACUUCAUUAAGUUGAAUAGAACACUUUUGACAGUUAGGCUGAAUGGUUGCAUUGAUAUUGACUGUGGUGUUUCUUUCUUACAUGGGACUUUAAUCAUUGCAGCACAGAUCAGUUUAUUUUAAUCACAAUGUUGUUAAUGUAUGAAUAAUAUGCGAUUAUCAUUUUUGCAUAGUACGCUUUAAGUAUUUCUUGUAUAAAGUUAUCUGAUGUGUUGAUUGGUUAAGUACUGGUCUGGUACCACAUAUUGGGUAAGGAUAUAUUAUUAGGAGUUAUAAUACAUGUGUGUAUAGUCUACAUGCGUAAUGUCAUCAUUAAUAUUACUGAUUCUAAUCAAAUCAUGAUGUAUAUAUAGUAAAAGUAAUUUAUUUUUCACCAUUUUUACAACACUAAGAUAAUUUCUGUGAUACAUAUGUAGAUGCAAUUAUCUGUCUUUGUUUCAUAUUACUAUGCUUUGUUUUUAUUGUGUAUUGUGUGUUUCAGACUUAGUUACUGUGUUUCUUCAUUGUUACCAGACACCCGGUAAACCGGUAGUUUGCCUUUAUCAUCUAUGUUGAAUAAAAUUUAUAAUGAAGCAGG